CCUCCCAGUGCAAGCCGCGCCGUCAAAGAUCAUCCAAAACCCUGAUAGCCGCCAACUCCUUAUCUCUCUUAAUUUCGAUAUCUAUUGUUCUUAGAUCUCAUACUAAUCCAACUUUGAAACUUUCAUUGUUGAUUAUUCAAGGUUUCUAAAAGAGGAACCAAGGAGAAAAGAUCGGCAAAGAUUAAGAUGUCGAGACUCCAUCACUAGGAUUACCCAGCCCUUGAUCUCAAUGGAGACAAUUACCUUGAUUGGGCGAUGAACACUUCAGCCGAUUUAAAGUCUAAAGGACUUGGGAAGUGUAUCAAAUACGGCAAUGAUACCCUUGCAUAUGAAAGGCGUAUAGCUGUUUUGAUAAUGAGAAAGCAUCUCGUGAAGGAUCUGUAUGAUGAGUGCAGCUACAUCAACGAUCCUUACGAUCUCUGGUCGAGAUUGAACACCAUGUUCUUCGAGCCAUUACUAGAUGAGUCCAUGAAAGAAUGGAAGGCUCUAAGGUUCCAGGAUUAUGAAUCCGUGGAUGACUAUCACUUUGAUCUUAUGAGAAUCACCCAUAGUCUUAAACUAUGUGGUGAAGUGAUAACAAACUAUGACUUGUUAAGUAAGACUCGUGACACGAUCCAUUCAAAGGAAGUGUUGUUAUCACAGAAGGCUAAAGGUUUCACAACCUAUUACGACCUUCUCUCAUACCUUUCAGCUCUUGAGGAAAAGAAGCAGAAAAGGAAAGUCAACCUCGACAAACUCGACUAUGUUAUGGAGAUAAGUGCCGAGUAUCAAUGUGAGAUGAUAUACGGUGAUGCUGAAGAAGCUAAGAAAAGAAAAUUCGGGUGGACUCAUAUAGAUGAUGAGAUUGGUUUAUUCAUUGAAUAGAGAACCAAAUGUGAGCCACGUCCAAGAUGUUAUU